AUGGCAGUGGCAGUGGUGCAGCAUGUGGUGCAGCCUGGAGUGCAGUUCAGAUUUUAUGUUUUGCUUGUGAUAAGUGUUAAGUUCUCAACACAUGAGCCGUCAAUUCUCUCUGCGGAGAUUGGAGGAUCCACCGGUAUUCCACCGGAGGUCGAGAUCAGAUUCCCGGAACCUCAUGAGUCUCCAGAGAACCCUCCCCCGGGGUACUGUUGCGCGUUCGAGAUAUUCUUCUCCGCGUGUGGACUGUCGUUUCUCCUUCCCGAGCUCAUCGUGAAGAUGAUGUUCGAACUAGGUUUUGCUCUCCCCCAAAUGUGUCCGAACUUCGUUCAGACCGUUCUGUGUCUCCAAACUCUGGGGGAGGAGUUCGACUACCAGCUGUCACUGGCGGACUUCCUCCAGGUGUACACGGUAAAGACUGGCCGUGCCAAGGGCACACUCUACGUGAGCCCGCUUUCCGGGCUGAAGGUCUUCGACGACCUGCCCGAGAAGGACGAGAAAUGGCGGAAGUCUUACUUUUUCUUCCCGGUCAACGAGCUCACUUUUGGCCACCGCGCGAGCUCAUACGUAUCGAAGUGGACCUCGAAAAUUGAUCACUUUGAGCGCGGACUGCUUUGCCCUACAUUCGCGGAGUUCUUCUCGAGAUUCUGCAGCCAAGGUCAGAUUGCUUGGGAUUCUUUCUCCUGCGAAAGGAUCAGGGCAUCCACAGCAAGGCUCGGAAGACGCUCUCUUGUUUGCUCCGACCCUGUGAGCGUUUCAGAAAUGAACUACAGGGAAGAAAGGGCGUGCCGCAUCGCCGAGAAAGAGGCAAAGAAGCAUAUGGCAGCGGCCCUUGCCGAAGGCAAAGCUCGCAUCCCUAUCAAGACUCCCUCCAGCUCCUCCGUUCCCGAGGUGAGCGGGACUUCUGCACCUCCAACUCGCUCCUCCGAGCUCGCGCCGAAGAAAACCUCUGCUGAGGUCUCCUCUCAGCAAACCGACUCAUCAAAGAAGAGGAAGGAGCCCGAGACCGCCUCCUCUUCUCGUGAAAAGGGGCUAGCCCGGACUGGCCCGUCAGGGGAUGAGCGAAGUAGAUCUAGCUCGAAGGACAGGGGUCCCUCCUCGGAGAGGAGAUCUAAGGAGGCCCCACCGCCUAAAGACUCCGGAGACUCCUCUGGAAGAAACCUUCCGAAGGAACAACGUCCUUUCGCCCGAGUCCCCCUGCAUCCCCAGCCGACCUAA